AAAUUGGCAUAGAAUAGAACCACUGAACAAAUAGGGAGAUGAGUAGAACAGCUAUUGUACUCUUGAACGGCAUGUUAUGAAUUUGUGACGUGUCGUACUCAUAUACUUUUUGUUUUAAGUUAUCGGUUUGUCCAGAAAUGGGGGAGAAAUAUAGCAAUAUUUGAGUUAAGUGUAUAAUUAUAUGAGUAUUGUUGUCAGAAAAAAAUUAUCACUAUAAUACAACUACUGACAAUUUUACUAAGCUGUAAAAAUGAGUUUAUAUUUUCAAAUGUUGAAUUUGUUGUUGACUUUGAGGUUGUGUACCAGCUUUUAUUUACCGGGUUUAGCACCUGUUAAUUAUUGCAUUGAAAGUGAUGCUUCCGAUACUUGUAAGUCAGAUGUCAUUUUGUACGUGAACCGUCUGAACACUGAAGAGUCUGUUAUUCCAUAUGAGUAUAAUUAUUUUGAUUUCUGCCAAAUUGAAAAUUCCAAAUCACCAGUGGAAAAUCUUGGACAAGUUGUAUUUGGGGAACGGAUAAGGCCUUCUAAUUAUACGAUAAAAUUCCUCAAAAAUAUUCAUUGUGAGAAAGUAUGUGAAACUAAGAAGUAUGUUGGUGGAGACAAAGCAUCAGAGGAAAAACUUCAGCUUCUGAAGAAAGGCAUGGGCCUUAAUUACCAACAUCAUUGGAUUGUGGAUAACAUGCCAGUGACGUGGUGUACUGUUUCGAAUGAUGGAAACCAGUAUUGCAGCACUGGUUUCCCAAUGGGCUGCUAUGUGAAGGACAGUGAAGCCCAUGACGGCUGUGCGGCGAGUGUUUCCAGCCAAUCCUACACCGCCAAGUCCAACACCUACUACUUGUACAACCACGUGACACUGACCAUUGCGUACCACAGUGGUGCAGGAGAAGACUGGGGCUCCACCUUCCAAGCAAAAGGGGGAAGAAUCAUCUCUGUUAAAGUUGAACCAAAAAGUAUCAAGUACACAGAGGACAAAAAAUGUUCUGAAAACGUGCCUCUGGAAAUUCCAGCUGAUAAUUUGAAAAAGGGUGUAAAAUUGGAAGUAACAUAUACAUACAGUGUGAAAUUUGAGGAAAACCACUCUGUAAAGUGGUCGUCAAGAUGGGACUACAUAUUGGAGUCCAGCCCCCAAACCAACAUCCAGUGGUUUAGCAUCCUCAACUCAUUGGUGAUUGUGCUGUUCUUGUCUGGGAUGGUGGCCAUGAUCAUGUUGCGAACACUGCACAAGGACAUUGCUCGUUACAACCAGAUUGACUCGGGAGAAGAUGCCCAGGAGGAGUUUGGCUGGAAACUUGUGCACGGCGAUGUUUUCAGACCGCCUCGUAAGGGGAUGAUGCUAGCCGUGUUUCUGGGGUCCGGCACCCAGGUGUUCUCCAUGACCCUGGUCACAUUAGCAUUCGCAUGUCUGGGUUUCCUGUCGCCUGCGAACCGAGGAGCCCUGAUGACUUGUGCCUUGGUGCUGUUUGUGUGCCUCGGGACACCAGCCGGUUACGUUUCCGCGCGCAUCUACAAGAGCUUCGGAGGGGAAAAAUGGAAGUCAAAUGUCCUGCUCACGUCAAUGCUUUGCCCGGGAGUAGUGUUCUGCCUGUUCUUCGUCAUGAACCUCAUUCUGUGGGCGAACAGCAGCUCUGCUGCGGUUCCAUUUUCGACACUUGUCGCCUUGCUCGCUCUCUGGAUCGGUGUGUCCAUGCCUCUCACCUUCAUCGGAGCGUACUUUGGUUUCCGCAAGAGGCCGAUUGAACACCCAGUGAGAACAAACCAGAUCCCAAGACAGAUACCAGAUCAAAGUGUAUACACCCAGCCAAUACCAGGAAUAAUUAUGGGUGGAGUCUUGCCUUUUGGAUGCAUAUUUAUUCAGCUGUUUUUCAUCCUGAACUCUAUCUGGUCCAGCCAGAUGUACUACAUGUUUGGAUUCUUGUUCCUUGUGUUCGUCAUCUUGGUGAUCACGUGCUCGGAGACAACCAUUCUUCUGUGUUACUUCCACCUGUGUGCAGAGGACUAUCACUGGUGGUGGCGCAGCUUCCUGACGAGUGGCUUCACGGCCUUCUACCUGUUCGUGUACUGCAUCCACUACUUCCUCACCAAACUCAGCAUUGAGGACGCUGCAUCCACGUUCCUCUACUUUGGCUACACCCUCAUCAUGGUGUUCCUCUUCUUCCUCCUCACAGGGUCCAUUGGGUUCUUUGCGUGUUUUUGGUUUGUGCGCAAGAUUUACAGUGUGGUGAAAGUUGAUUAAUUGAAGAGAGAAGAUUAUAUCAAUAGUGAUGUUAAGUGAGAUAGGUGUAAUGGCUUGGGAACUCUGCUAGUCAACAUUGUGAGUGGUUCCAUUACACCAGCUUCACCACAUAUUUGGGCACCAACAGACAAAGAAUCUAUCUUCUUACAGAAAUGUCAUGAUUGUUUUACACUUUUGAAAUGAUUGAGCCUGCAUGAAAAAUAACUGUGUUUUCAUAGUUUUUAAAUUCAUGUACAUGUACAAUGUAAAUAGCUAUCUCUAAUCUCUAUAGCCUUACAGAGUUUAGGUGCUGGACAAGUGUACGAUGCAAUCCUUCCAGCACUUCGAAAGCUUGUAAAUUUUAGUUAUUUUAUGUAUGAAUUUAACAAUUUAAUUUUUUUGUUCUGCUUGAAUUUAGUUUAUAAAUUUUUCUGUUUUAUUUGCAAAAUAUAAUUGCAUUACUUUUUUUAUAAAAAAGCUAAGCCUGUGGGUCUUUUUUUCACCCCAGAUCAAUUGUAUUUCAUUUCAGUACUAUUUGACAUUUUUCAUAGAAAUAUCCCAAGUACUUUACACAGUGAAAGAUUUAUUCUUUGUAAUGAUUUAUGAAGAAAAAAAAAUAGUUGUGUACAUAAUUCAACAGACUGAUUGUAAAAAAAAUUUUUUUUUUGAAGUAGUGAUGCCAUUGUAGAUUCAAAGUGAAAAAAGUGUGAUGGUUAUUUUUUUUAAAAAAAAAUUAACUUAUUUCUUAAUACUGUAGGCAGUUAUAAAGCUAUGUUAAAAGCUUGUUCGCUGCUAUUUUCGGAGUGUCACAUUUGUGGAUAUGACAAAAUAGUUAUUAAGUGAAUUUUCAUUGUUUUCAUUACAAUUUUAAUCAAUUACUAGAACUACAAUUGAAUAGUAUAUACGUACGUAAUGUACAUAAAAUGCCAAGUACUUUGUGUAAUAUCAGUGAAAAAGAUUUUGACAAUGUUUUGUAAAGUGGCUCGUACAUAUAUAUAGGCUAUAGCUGCUGAGCUAGGAAAUGCAGGAUAUGAAUUUCUUUAGACAAUUAUGCACGGAAUAUGGCAUCACUGAAACUGAAUAGAAAGUAAUUAUAACACUUUAAUUCUUGCAGUACAUUUAUGGUUUUUUGUUGCUUUAUUUAUACUAUUUUUUAAAAUACAGACAAUAAAUUUUGUGGGGUAUUUCAGAUGCACUUUUUCUCUGUAUGUUGAAUGAAUUCAAAAGGCACAAUAAAUAUUUGAUAUGCAGUUUGUGUAAUAUUGUGGAUUAUGCCUUCUGUUGUGUGAUAUGUAAAAUGUAUUUUGUCAGAGCUCGUUAAAAAUGCAUUUCAACAUUUUUCAA